UCCAGAUAUUCGGAUUGCUGAAAUUGUUUAAAUCACUUGUGCACCUUUGGUGGCACAUUUGGUCGAAAUCGUGGCCUGUGGAAUAUGAGUGAAAAUACGUUGAUUAGGACAAGAAAGUUUAUGUCCAACCGCUUGCUAUGUCGCAAGCAAAUGGUUGUGGAUAUUUUGCAUCCAGGUCGUUGCGUUCUUUCAAGGAGUGAGAUACGGGAAAGGCUAGCGAAGACCUAUAAAACUUCACCAGAUGUUGUGUUCCCGUUUGGUUUUCGCACACAUUUUGGUGGAGGAAAGUCGACAGGGUUCGCUCUUGUUUAUGAUUCCCUGGACCACGCCAAGAAGUUCGAACCCAAGUUCCGUCUUGCUAGGAAUAAUUUGGUAACGAUACCACAAAAAGGAAGAAAGAUACGGAAGGAAAGGAAGAACAAGGCUAAGAAGAUCAGAGGAACAAAACAAAAGAAAACAAAGAAAGACUCUUAAUCAUGUCAAAGAAAACGUGAAAUAAAUGGUCUGAAUUCGUAUAUAUUUUCUGAGUAGUUUGAAGAAGUGGUCUGUUGACUUUGGUAUUAAUCGCACAAAAGUUAGUAUCUGCCAGAACUAAGUAUGGCCCUAGUAUCUGGUUUAUUGUUUACUUACAGUGUUUUGGAUAUGGAGAGGUUGGUAACGAUAAAGACCUCAUGGGGCUUAACAGCCUAGUCUCACUUGUUUUCGUUGUAUUCGCCGUUUAUGGUUCAAAGCAGCACUAAUAGAGCGAUGAGUGAAUCAGCAAGUAGGACAGUUAAUAUGAUUGAAGGCCUUAGGCUACAGCAGGAUCUAGUAUCGGGAUUCUGAACUCACGCUGAUAGUUUCAGGCCAAGGCAAUAACUCCUUAUAUAUAUAUAUAUAUGCUUGUAGAGGAUUCAGAUCACUUAGUUGGUUCUUACUGUCCAACCUAAG